AUGCCGUCAAUCAGCAACAGCUCCACUGUCGUGCCGUUGAAAAUCACCGUGGGCCUGGGUGACAAUGAACCUUCCAAGGUUGACUUGUCCGGCGGCCCAUGUUGCUGUGGCCGAGUCACGUCGGAGCUUCGUCAUCGAGCAUUUGAUGCGACCGAAGUCAAUGGUCCCACGCUUCAUGGACCCGCUACCUUUGCGCCAGCAGGCCGAUGGACUAUGUUGGGCAAGACCAUCAUCACCGUGUGGUCGGCGAGUUCCCUGGUCGAUGGAAUCUUGGCGGCGGAACCCAAGCUCUUCUACUUGGCGUAUCUCACGCAUUGGUCGUUGAUGGUGACAAUCCUCUACAUGACGCUGAGUUGGAUGCUGACCUUUCGAGCCACGGUCCUUGCCAAAGCGGAAGAAGCAACCGCGACGGACGUGACGAUGCUGCACAAGAUUGUCUGGUGUCUCUUCACCGUUGCAGCUCCGGCGGAAAUUGUGGUGGCCAUUGGGUACUGGGGUUUGGAGUGGGAUGGAAGCGCUGCUGGAUUCUACUAUCGCAACUUUAUGGUCCAUGGAGUCGUCUUGGGGUUGCUCUUGUUGGAUGGGCUGCUGCUCAACAAGAUUCCACUACGCAUUCGGCAUAUUGGACUCAUUCUCGGAUAUCUCUUCCUCUACCUGAUUUGGACCUUUAUUCAUGCUUAUCUCGGGAUUGGUAACCCCCAAACACCGGAAGACGAUGAUACAAUCUACACGGCCUUGCAAUGGCGCCAAGAUCCACUCUCGACUGCGGUGGUGGCGGGACAAUUCUUGCUCCUCUUGGCACCCAUUGCCUUUUGCACCGUCUAUGGACUGUCGCUCUAUUCCUUUCCCUGUGGAUGCAACGGACAGAGUCGACGAUACUUGUCCAAUACCAAUACCAGCAAUAACACAGACAAGGAUGCAUCCACAACCAAGUCAUCUGCGUCCUAUGUCGAAAUGGGAGCAUUCGAUAUGGCAAGUGUGUAG